CUGUCUCCCCCACAUGCCGGUCGUCAGCUCUCUGGUUCCCAGCCAAUCGGACGCAUGUCUCUCCACAGAGGAACUCGGACUGCUGGUCGGGCUACACGUCCAACUCUCUGACUAGUGGGUCCUUCAGCCCAACUUUCCCUUCCACCAGAAGAGGCUGAGCCGGAGGACAGAGCAGGGGAUAUUCGUGUUGUGCUGUGUGUGUGCGUGUGUGUUGGUCCAUCGGUCGUUACGUCAUUCCACCCCGGGCUGCAGGGACCAGCAGAGGGAACCAGGUCUCGUUUAACUUCAGCCCCUGGAUGGAGUGGAUGCUGGUGAGGCGGUGAAGUUCUGCUGGUUCAGCCAGGGACCACAGCCCGGGGGACCACAGCCCGGGGGACCACAGCCCGGGGGACCACAGCCCGGGGGACUACAGCUGGGACCAUGGACUCGUCAUCAGGUCAGAGUUCAGCAGCAGCAGCAGCACACAGAGCUCCGAGGGUCCGGUGAGUGGAGGCGUCUGAGCUGGAAGGGAGGAACGAUGGGGAACUCCUCUGGAUGUCCGGAGCCUCCGGCGGGGAAGGAGCCCAGGCUGGUGUCCUCUCCCCCCAGCGUGCAGAAGCCCAGGGCGGGGAACAAAGUACCGCCGCCCCCGGAUGAGGAGCUGGAGGAGCGCUUCAACACACUUUUGAACACAAUGAACCUGCCGGCUGAUAAAGCCAAGAUGCUGAGUCAGUACGACAAGGAGAAGAAGUGGGACCUCGUCUGUGACCAGGAGCGCUUCAAGGUGAAGUGUCCUCCCUCUGCAUAUUGUGAGAAGCUGAAGGGCUACGUGGACCACGGAGGAGGGGUCGCCAGGAAGUUUAGGAAGCAGGUCCACGAAUCCACCCAGGUUCUGCGAGAGCUGGAGAUCUCUCUGCGGACCAACCAGAUUGGUUGGGCUCAAGAGUUCCUGAACGAGGAAAACCAGGGUCUCAAGGUGCUAGUCGACUACCUGUCCUUCGCCCAAAGCGCUGCCAUGAACGAUAUGGAUAGUUCAGAUGGCAGCUCCUUGCUUGGGUCAGAGAAAGGAAAACUGGACAAGUCUCUGGAAGACCUCCACCGCACCAGCAGUAACUCCCCCAGCCACGGGGCUUCAAAGGGCAGCAAGAUCUUCACAAGCAGGAAAGUUCUGCGGACGUCGCGCGGCGUGAGCCCGAAGGAGGACGUCCACCUCUGCAUCAUGUGCUUACGGGCCAUCAUGAACUACCAGUCCGGCUUCAACCAGGUGAUGAGUCACCCGUCCUGUGUCAACGAGAUCACGCUCGGCCUGAACGACACAAACCCAAGGACCAAGGCGCUGGUGUUGGAGCUGUUGGCGGCCGUGUGUCUGGUGAGAGGAGGUCAUGACAUCAUCCUUGCCGCCUUCGACAACUUCAAAGAGGUGUGUGGAGAGAAGCUGCGCUUCGAGAAGCUCAUGGAGAAUUUCUGUAAUGAGGAGAACAAAAUCGACUAUAUGGUGGCGUGCAUGCAGUUCAUCAACAUCGUGGUUCACUCAGUGGAGGACAUGAACUUCAGGGUCCACCUUCAGUUUGAGUUCACACACCACGGCCUGGACGCCUACCUGGAGCGCCUUAGUGACACAGAGAGCGAGCGGCUACAGGUACAGAUCCAGGCCUACCUGGACAACCUGUUCGACGUGGCAGCUCUGCUGGAGGACGCAGAGGCCAAGAAUGACCUGGUGGAACACCUGGAGAGAGUUCAGCAACACAACACACAGCUGAGCUCAAGGCUAGAGGUGGUGCAGCAGGAGUCUGAGGAGAAGGUUUCCGAGCUGGAGAAGACACUGAUGCAGACCACUAAAGAGACAGAGCUUAUCAAGGAGAGUCUCCGAGAGUCCUGUUCCAAAGUGGAGGAGCUGCAGCAGAGAGAGAGAGAGAGGGAGAUAGAGCGAGAGACUGAGCGGGAGAAGGAGCUAGAGAGAGAGCGAGAGAGAGAGAAAGAGCGAGAGAGAGAGCAGGAUCUCCAGCACUCCACCCAGGUUCUGGUGGAGCGGGGCCUGGUCCGACUUGAGCGGACGCCAUCCGGACAGGUUGACCUGCAGGUGGUCUCUGUAGACCCCCUGGUGUCUCCCACAGCUUCUUUCCUCACCGCCGCUGAAGAAGCUCCCUCAUUGGCCAGUGUUGAACAAGCCCCGCCUCCUUAUCCAGCUCCACCCCCUCCUGCUGCAGCCCCACCCCCACCCCCACCUCCUCCUCCUCCCCCUCCCCCUCCCCUUCCUCCUCCUCCCCCUCCAGCGCCACUCGCUCCCCCUCCUCCACCGCCCCUUGGGUCUGCUCCUCCACGGAUAGGUGGAGAAGAUAAAUCCACAGGUGAGAAGAGGGUCCACCGCAACAAGAAGACCAUCCAGACCAAGUACCGCAUGCCACUGUUCAACUGGCAGGCCCUGAAGCCCGACCAGGUGGAGGGCACCGUCUUCAAAGAGCUGGACGACGAGCACGUGCUGGGGGAGCUGAACAUGGAGGGCUUCGAGGAGCAGUUUAAGACCAGGUCCCAGACAGCCCCGGUGGACCUGGGCACGCUGAGGGUGAGGGUGGUCCACAAGACGCCCAGCAGGGUGCCCCUCAUGGACCCCAACCGGGCCAAGAACCUCGCCAUCACCCUGCGCAAGGCGGGGACCACCCCGGCCAACAUCUGCACCGCCAUACAGACGUACAACCAGGAAGCGCUGAACCUAGACUUCCUGGAGCUGCUGGAGCGCUUCCUGCCCUCCGACUACGAGCUGAAGCUCAUCCAGAAGUACGAGAGCGAGGGCCGUUCCCUGGAGGAGCUGGGCGAGGAGGACCGCUUCAUGGUGCGGUUCAGCAAGAUUCCCCGGCUGGCCCAGCGAAUCAGCACGCUCGCUUUCAUGGGGAACUUCCCCAGCGUCAUCGUUUCACUCCAGACGCAACUCAACGCCAUCAUCGCUGCCUCCAUGUCAAUCCAGUCGUCCAGCAAGCUCAAGAAGAUCCUCGAGAUCAUUCUAGCGUUUGGGAACUACAUGAACAGCAGUAAGCGUGGCGCAGCAUACGGCUUCCGACUGCAGAGUUUAGACCUGCUGCUGGAGACCAAAUCCACAGACAGAAAGCAGACAUUGCUGCACUUCAUAGUGGACAUCAUCCAUCAGAAGUACCCCGAGCUUCGCUCAUUCUACACAGAGCUGCACUUCACCGACAAGGCUGCCCAGGUCUCUCUGGAGGGAGUACUACUGGACGUGCAAGCUCUAGAACGAGGCAUGGAGGUCACCAGGAGCGAGUACGAAACAGAAGCAGAAAACGCCGUCCUGAGUCACUUCCUGUCCAGCACGGCCGCGCCACUAGACGCCGUGGUUGCCGACGCCAACACCGCCCAGGAGGCGUACGCGACGGCCGUGGAGUACUUCGGAGAGAGCCCCAAGACCACCACGCCGUCCGUCUUCUUCCCUGUGUUCGCCCGCUUCAUCAAGGCGUACAAGCAAGCCGAGCGGGAAAACGAGCUGAGGAGGAAGCAGGAGAAAGGGACCGCCGACGCUCCUCCCACUUCACCCAAACCCAAAUUCACGGAGAACAAUAAGGUCCCUAUGUCUCCCAGGUUACCCCAGAUGGAGCUCCUGGCCGAGCUAAAGAAGCGACAGAGCGCUCCGCUGGUCAGAGAGGGGAAGGACGGCGCCAUAGAGGACAUCAUCACAGAUCUGAGGAACCAGCCGUACCGCAGGGCCGACGGCGGCAGGCGCAGUGCCAAGUGGAAAACCUCCCAGCAGCUCCAGGUCUCCUCAGACAUCUCCCUCUGAGCGACUGGAACACACCAGACGAGACCAGAUCCGACCAGACAAGACCUGGUCAGACCUGAUCCCACCCGAUAAAUGAUGCGAGCCCAGAUUACACUAGACCAGACUAGACGAAACCAGAGCAGAAUAACAAGAUUUGCGCACAAAGAGCUGCAUGUAGAGGCCAAGCAGGAAUAGGAUCAUAUAUAAUAUAUACAUAAAGUGCUGUCUUCAAAGUGACAGAACAAGGUCAGAUCUCUGCCACCGAGGACUAAGAGUCGCAUAAGAACACACACACAAGCAUGCACACACACACACACACACACACACACACACACACACACACACACACACACACACACACACACACACACACACACACACACACACACACACACACACACACACACACACACACACACACACACACAGCGGUUCCUUCCUUGUGAAACAUCUCAUGGUUCUUUCUCCUUCAGAAUCUGUUAUGUGUUUAGACGAACAGGGACAUGCUAAUGCUAAUUCUUAUUAUUUCCAUCUCGACCGGUUCUGUUAGACAAUCAUUAGAAAGAGGAACACCAAUCAGAAACGAUGGGAUAGACAGAGCUGCCGGUUGCCUAUUUACCAUGAUGCAUUAGCAAUGCUUACAUUUAGGUUGUUAGAGAUGGUUGAGUUUAGGUGUAAUGGUGGUUAUGUUAAGGGCGAAAAAAAAUUGAAGGUUGCAUUUAGGGUGUGGUUAAUUCAGCGUAAGGACAUUGGGGCAAGCAAUGCAUCAUGGGAAGAAAACGUAAAAGCAGCGCUCAAAUCAAGGGGUUUAUUGAGUUCAUCUUUGAACUCUAUGAAAGUGUAAUAUGACUGGAUAAAAUUGAAUGUGCAUGCUUUAAUCAUCUGAGAGAAUUUUAGAUAAACACGUUAAAAAUUGAAAAGAUACAUAAUAUUUUAUUAGCUAUAUUUUUCAUGAAAUUUGAACUGCAAGAUGAUAUGAUGUUCUAAUAUUUGUAGUUGCAUAU